AUGUACCAACGGGUUGAGGGCAAUCGAACUUUCCUAUUCCAUCAACAUCCGCAUCCUGUUGAUUCGCAGGAAAGUGUCACGAUGUUAUAUCAGAUUUUUUCGAAACUUACAAAAGCUUACGGGCAAGCAAAAAGACGGGACGUCAAAGUGAUUGCGUACUAUGUGCCGGCCACCGACGAUGCGGGAGCGGCAAUGGCAUUCUUUGACCAGUCAGUCGUCGGAUUCGAUAGCGUCGGUCGAGUCCACAACACCAUCUUCGGACUUUUGUGGUUUUAUGGCAGCCAACCAGAGACGGAGCUGUAG